ACGCGCGCGCUCGAGCCCGCGCGCCCUCGUCGACGAACGCCCCCCCCCGUCGACGUACUCCCUCGCGCGCGCGCGCGCCGAUCGUCCACCGAGCAGCGCGACAGACGCGCGAUACGCGAUGGCGGGCGGACCGAAGCUCCCCACGGACGUCCGGCCGAACCAGUUCGUCGAGGCGAACGCGUACGCGCGCGAGGUCGUGGAGCGGGGUUUCCGAUUCUCCCCGAAGAACCUCGGCGUGAUCGCGAUCUUCGGCGCGAUCAUCCCGUGGUGCAUGUACAAGGGGAUCACCAACGAGUUCGCGGUGUCCGACUCGAAGUACGGACGGGCGGAGAAGAAAUUCUGGUGACGCGAGCGAUGAUUCGACCGCCGUCACGUCGUCGACGGCUCGUUAGAGAAGCCCGCCGCGGCGACCGACGCGAGUAGCGCGUCCGUCGUCGUCGCGGCGAUCGUGCACGCGUUCUAUAGUACAGUACGAUUUCACACGCGGCGAAAACCAAAU